GUCGAGAGAAUCAAAACAUGGUGAGGACAAAGGCCGAUGGCGUCCCUGGAACCUACAGAAAAGCUGUGGCUGCGACAGCGCCAAGAAAGUCGCUUGUAUCCUCCAGCUCCGCGAACUCCGCAAGUUGCUCUCAAGCUGGCACGCCUGCCAAAAAUAAGUACGCAGGUGGAAACCCCGUGUGCCCACGGCCCACACCCACUUGGCAGAAGGGGAUUGGCGAUUUUUUCGGUGGCCCGAGCAGGAAGCCGGAGAGGGAGAUUCAGGUCCCAGUAUCCGACGACGAGGAAGCGGGGGGCAGUGGGUUCUCCAAGGCGCCAAGGAAAUCCCGGCCGUUGUCCGAAGAUGAAGAUGAUGAAUGA